AUGGUGGGGAAAGACACCAUUAAUGUUGGCCGCUGGGGGAGGACACCUGGAGGUAGUGAAGUACCUCGCCAGUCACGGCAGUCAGUUAGACGUUACAGACCAGUAUGGAUGGACACCAUUAAUGUUGGCGGCUGUGCAAGGACACCUGGAGGUAGUGACGUACCUUUUCAGUCACGGCAAUCAGUUAGAGGCCACAGACCAGCUUAUCAUAAUUUACCAACACAACUAUCAUCUUAUCAUACGUUACCCACACACCUUCCAUCUUUUGAUAGUGUACCCAUAGAACUACUAUCUUAUACUUUACCCACACAACUACCAGCUGAUCAUACUUUACCGACACAACUACCAGCUGAUCAUACUUUACACACACAACUACCAGCUGAUCAUACUUUACCCACACAACUACCACCUUAUCUUACUUUACCUACACAACUACCACCUUAUCAUACUUUACACACACAACUACCAGCUGAUCAUACUUUACCCACACAACUACCACCUUAUCUUACUUUACCUACACAACUACCACCUUAUCAUACUUUACCCACACAACUACCAGCUGAUCAUACUUUACCCACACAACUACCAGCUGAUCAUACUUUACACACACAACUACCAGCUGAUCAUACUUUACCCACACAACUACCAGCUGAUCAUACUUUACCCACACAACUACCAGCUGAUCAUACUUUACCCACACAACUACCAUCUUAUAAUACUUCACCAACACAUCAAACACUACCCACACAACUACCAUCUUAUAAUACUCCACCAACACAUCAAACACUACCCCCACAACUACCAUCUCAUCAUACUUUACACACACAACUACCAUCUUAUCAUACUUAA